GCCUCCUUCCCCCUUAUCGCUCUCUCCUCUCUCUCUCUCUAAUUGCUUCACAAGAAGAGGAAGAAGAGACCCCAUUAUUCCUUUUCUUCUUCUUUCUUCUCUCUAUCUGGAUUUUGCGCCCUCCCUCUCUCUCUCUCUCUAUAUAUAUAUACACACACAGAGUCAUAUACAAUCUUCCGAUUCUAGCUAUAGUUUCCUGUGAAGUCUAUUUCAGAUCGUUCUUUAUUACUGUUCCAAUCAGAAAAGAGAAGCAAUAAGAAGAUGACUACAGUUAACAACCAGCAUCACGGCAACAACACGCCGGCGACUGCUCCGGCUUCGAAAGGGCCUCUCUCCACGGCUAAGAGCGUGGAUACCCAAUCUGUUCUCAAAAGGUUGCAAUCUGAACUAAUGUCUCUAAUGAUGAGUGGGGAUUCUGGGAUAUCUGCAUUUCCUGAGGAAGACAACAUAUUUUGCUGGAAAGGGACAAUUGCUGGUAGCAAAGACACAGUAUUUGAAGGUACCGAAUACAAGCUCUCACUCUCCUUUCCUACUGACUACCCAUUCAAGCCUCCGAAGGUGAAAUUCGAAACCUGCUGCUUCCAUCCCAAUGUGGAUGUCUAUGGGAACCUUUGCUUGGACAUCCUUCAGGAUAAGUGGUCAUCUGCUUAUGAUGUGAGAAGCAUACUUCUCUCUAUUCAGAGCCUGCUUGGAGAGCCAAACACAAGCUCACCCCUGAACACUCAAGCAGCAUCACUUUGGGCUAAUCAAGAAGAAUACAGGAAGAUGGUGGAAAAGCUAUAUAAGCCUGCUGCCUAGUAUUUGAGAUGUGAAAAGUUUCGUGUAGUUAUGCAGAGUGUAUCACUUUUUCAUUCUGAGUAGCAAGAAAGGUAUAUGCGCAGAGAGUGUAUUAUUAUUCCCUUUCAUUCUGUGUAGCAAGAAAGGUUAAAUUGAGAUUGUGUUUUUCAGCAUGCAAAUUCAUUCAUUGUUUUUACUUUCCCUUGCAUCUACAGCUAUCCCUUUACAGAAAAAGGGAUUUUAUAUGGAUGUUACUAGCUUGUUGUUAGUUUUGAAUAUGGAGAUAAAGAUGAUUUAUUACA